AUGUUUCCUUUAAGCUUGAAUAUACCGAUUCAGAAACUAUCUCAUCGAAUAUACAUCCCAUUAUCAGCAACAUCGCGUCAACCAACAGUAUUCAAUUACUCGACUGAUUGUAACGAAUGCAUAUGUCAUGGGAUCAAUUCAAUUUCUACAAAAAUUUUCGCAGUCAACUGUAUGACUAGCAUACGCGUCUGUUUGAUCUAUUCAGACUCAAGUGCUAACUAUUCAAUCCAAUGGAAUUCGACGAGUGAUUUAUAUUUCUUCAAUCUGUCAACUUCGGUGACAACAGAAACUCCGAGUUUUUCCGUUGGUUGGAAUCGGAGUGGUGUCACUGUAGCUGGUGUCACUGGUUCAUCGGGUCUUGCAGGCAAUCUAUUCAAUCAUCCAUUUUGUUUGGCAUUAGAUUCAUCAAAUACAAUCUACGUUACGGAUCAACCAAAUCAGCGAGUUCAGCAAUGGGUAUCAAAUGCAUCAACUGGUAUAACUGUAGCUGGACAAGCUAAUGGAACUAUGGGUAGCUCAUUAGCAUAUCUAUGCUAUCCUAGUGAUUUGGUAUCAGAUUCCGAUGGGAAUCUAUACAUUGCAGAUGCAGGAAAUCAUCGGGUAGUACUCUGGUUGAAAAAUGCAUCAACAGGAAUAGUAGUCGCUGGAACUGGUGAGUUUCCUUAUUGUAAAUUGAUUUAUGACGUUUUCUCUGCUCUAUUAGGCGUGGUAGGUAGCACAAACAACCAACUAGCGAAUCCGUUUGGUGUGGAACUUGAUAGAAGCACGAACACACUUUAUGUAGCAGAUACUGAUAAUCAUCGCGUCAUGAAGUAUUUAUCGAAUUCGUCAUCGGGUAUUCUAGUAGCUGGCGGAAAUGGUCCUGGGACAGGUUCUACACAAUUAAACAAUCCUCGAGGUCUUUAUUUCGAUUCAUCAACGAAUAGCUUAUUCAUUGCCAAUAAUUAUGCUCAUAAUAUCGUCCGAUGGGUACUGGGUGAUAGUUCAUGGACAUUAAUCGCAGGAAGCAGUGCCGGUGUAUUUGGUACAACGUCAAUGUUGUUAUAUUAUCCAACAGAUGUUACAUUCGAUUCACUGGGUAAUAUGUAUGUGUCUGAUGAAGGAAAUCAUCGUGUACAAUUUUAUCUAUCUGGUCAAUCGAAUGGAACAACAAUCAUCGGCACUACCAGUGUAUCAGGUAGUACUCCUGAGCUACUUAAUACUCCAUCCUCAUUAGCUGUUGACAACGAAUUCAAUGUCUACGUGGUUGAUUAUAACAAUUAUCGUGUACAAGAGUUUUUUCACUAUUGA